UAAUUUUUAGCUUCUAUACCAACCUUUAAAAUGUUUAUUUCAUUUUAGCAAAAUAACUUUAUCAUCUCCAUGGCAUUAACUAUUGGAAAUUGUACUAAUUCUUUUUCAAGAUUUUAUGUGCAAGCAAUUGAUAAUACCAAAGAAAUUAAAGUAACAACAAAAAAAGAAACAAGGCAAGGAAGAAGAGGGCUUCUAUUUUCAACAAUUGUUGCAAUUGUUCAAGUCAAUGAUUCUCAAAAUGAGCUUCUUAAGAGAUAUCUCAAGAAGUCAGAAGAGAACAAGGCCAAGAAUGAUAAGGAGGUCAAAGGUGCCACGUAAAAUGAGACAGAGGGAGUAAAAUUUUUUACCUUCUUGUUCUAAUUAUUUAUUGAAUUUAAUUUUUACCUUUUUUUAAUUUUUUUAGAGAUUGGAUAAUUACUAUAAACGAAAUUACAGAGACUAUUUUGGCUACUUAGAAGGCACUUUGAAGCAAAAGCAAGAGGAGGAACUCACUGAAUCAGAAAAAGGCAUUCUUAAUUGGCUUGAAAAAAACAAGUGAAUUUGUCAAACUUGUUUCGGGGUUCGAAGAAGGGCCGAACCACAAAUAUUUAAUUGUACGCAGCAUUAUAUUACAUUUCUGGAAGAGGCUGUUGUUUACACGACUUGAAUCAGUGACCUCGAGGCUGUUGUUUUCACGACUUGAACCAGUUACCUCAAGGCUAUUGUUUCCAUGACUUGAACCCGUGACCUUCGAGGUGCCCGUCAUGUUUUGAAGACAUAUAUGUAUAAACAAAAUAGUAGAGAUUUUUUGAUGUUGUUAUUGUGUAAACUACUUUUAGUCUCAUUUGUGUACACUCUUCUAUAAAUUUGGACUGACUUUUGGACA